UUAAAUUCGUGGUGUAGAUCUAGCCUUAAAAAGGCUAAGCAGGCAACACUGAGUGGAACCAGCAAAUACAAAACUAAAGUUGGUUCCUGUGUCUACAGGUGUUGGUGUUGGACUCUCAGUUGUUAAUCGGCGGCCAAGACGUUUGGAGUUCUUGGGUUCAUCUUUAAAACACCGGCAACAUGGUUCUCUCCAAGCCUUUGUACUCGCUCUUCGGCAGUUAUCUGGAGCAGCUCUUCAGCCAUCCGGUUCGCACCAAAUCCAUUACGGCAUGCGUUUUGGCCACUUCGGCGAAUGUGACCUCCCAGCGUUUGGCGGGGGCCAAGAAACUCAACCAGCACAGUGUCUUCGCCUACGGACUCUUUGGUCUGAUCUUCGGAGGAAGUGUGCCCCAUUAUUUCUACACAACGGUGGAGCGGCUCUUUAGCCAUGACUUGCGUUUCAGGAGGUUCUUCCUAUUCCUGUCCGAAAGACUUGCCUAUGCUCCGAUCUACCAGGCACUCUCCCUGUUCUUCCUUUCCCUGUUCGAGGGCAACUCCCCCCAAACGGCGCUGAAUAAUGUGGAGAAGCUCUACUGGCCCCUGCUCAAGGCCAACUGGCAGUAUCUUUCCGUGUUUGUGUACCUCAACUUCGCCUACGUGCCACCGAUGUUCCGGUCCAUUAGCAUGGCCAUCAUAUCCUUCAUCUGGGUGGUGUACAUCGCCAAGAGGCGUCGUCGCUUCCAGGAGAAGCAGACCGCCGAGAAGGCCGCCAAAUAAGCAUUCCAUCACGGAGACGAAGACUUUAAACUUUGUGCAUGAUGUCUUGGCUUAAUAUUCCAAUUACUGUUUAGAUUACGGCUGUACUGCUUGAAGUUUAUUAUCUGCUUUGCGUUUCGGCGGAUUGCAAAAAGUCCGUAAGUGUACGGGAGCGUAAGAUAAGCUAAAACUAACUAGAGUGUCGCCUUAUCAAACGACUGUUGUUAAACCUUAAAUUUUGUAAACUUUUCGUACUAAUAAUAAACGUAUAAAUAAUGAA